AUGGCGCCUAGUUUACGCGAGUUGGAAAAGCAGCAGAGUCACCUGCGGAGAACCCUAGAAGCCAUUCAGCAGUUUGUGAAUGCGUACGAUGCAACGAGAGAUGCUGACCAGAUCGACGUCCGUCUAGAACGCUUGGACGAGACGUUCAACCAGUUCCGUUCUGUGCGAAUCAAGAUUGAGCUGCUGACCGAAGAAGAUGACUUGGAUGUGGAAGUGGUGGAAGGUGAAACAGAAGAAGAACGUGCGGAGAGGGAGGCUGAUGCGAAGAAGAAGCGGAAGGAGAAGAACGUGAAGGUGCUGAUGGAAGCUGAAGAUUUCUACUGUGCUGUGAAGGCGAAGCUGUACAAGAAGCGCGGUCCGCUGGAGACCGUCGCACCGGUCCCUGUACCAUCUGCUGUUGAUGCGAGGCCUGCUGUUGGUCUGUCUCAUGUCAAACUUCCGGACAUCAACCUACCGAUUUAUACUGGUGAGCUGAGUGAGUGGAUCGUUUUCCGUGACACGUAUCGUAGCUUGAUUCACAACAACGCCCAGCUGUCGGAUUUUGACAAGUUUACGUAUCUACGCUCGUCGCUGCUCGGUGAAGCGCUUCUGGAGAUCGCUGGCAUCGACGUUUCAGCCGUUAACUACGAUGUGGCCUGGACAACCCUGGAGCAACGCUACGACAACAAGAAGCUGAUCGUCAAGGCUCAUCUAGAUGCGUUGAUUGCGGUGGAAUCUAUGAAGCAGGAGAGCUACGCGGCACUGAAUCAGCUUAUCGGAUCGUUCGACAAGCACCUGAUGAUGCUGAAGAAGAUUGGGCAGGACACGGAUAUCUGGAGUACUCUGCUGAAGUUCCAAGAUCUGAUGAAGUACUUGCGCGGUCAUUGCUUAGUACUGCAGUCGGUUGCGCCAUCCAAGCCCAAUGCUGAUGAGGAGAAACAACGACGUCUGUCAGUGAGUCAUGCGGUGACUCAGUCGGUGAACAAGUGUCCAUUCUGUGAAGAACUGUUCCAUUCACCGUUUCACUGUCUGCUGUUCCUGAAGAAAACUGUCGAUGAAAGAAUGGAAGCUGCUAGGAGACGGAAUCUGUGCCUGAACUGCUUGCGUGCUGGACACUCAACUCGUUCCUGCACGAGAGGAUCGUGUCAUCACUGUCAUCAGUACCAUAACUCACUGUUGCACAUCAACGCUGUACCAGAGAGACCCUCCGCCUCGCAAGCACUGACCAGACCAACACCUGAGCAGCAGCAGUAUCAACAACAGCAGCCGCAGUAUCAGUCAAUGGGCCAGCAGCAACCACAAAUCCAACCUCCAAUACAGAACCAGUCUUCAAACACUGCUCAGUCGAACACACACUCACAGAACACUCAGCAACUGUCCACCACAGAACCAUGCACAAGCCACAACACUACAACACUGUCAAUCAGUUCCCACAACCGUAAAAAUGAAAUUUUACUUUCAACCGUUCAAAUUUGCAUCCGUGAUCUGCGCGGAAACACACGCCUAGUCAGAGCACUGCUCGACUCGUGUUCGCAAUAUUCGUUUAUGUCCUCCGCAUGCUGCAAGAAGCUCGAUCUUCUUUGCACUCCAGAUUACCUGACCGUACUCGGAAUUGGCGGGUCGUCUGUCGUCUCACGGCAGCUUGUUUCAGCGAACGUACAACCCCGUUCGUCCGCUCUGCCGCAGUUUAACCGCGAGAUGGAUUUCUACGUGCUUCCGGAGUUGACAUCCGCUUUGCCAAAUCAGAACAUCAACACUACUGCGUGGGAGUUUCCGAACAACAUCAUCCUAGCUGACCCACACUUCAACGAACCUGGAGAAGUGGAGCUGAUCAUCGGUGCUGAACAUUAUUUCGAUCUCUUACGAGAUGGUCGAUCACGCAUCGCCGAGGAUGGCCCUGUGCUGCAGAAUACUGUCGUCCCAGCGCCAAUAGCGCUCGAGGUUAGUUGGCCUCCCCAAGGACAUCCGUCAAAGCCCCAGACAGUCAACACAACACCGUUGUCGAGAAGCAGUCAGUUCCUGAAAACAUCAUUAGCGGCUUGUGGCCGCAACCGUUUCAUCUGGCUACAACUGUGGCCAAGCCAAGCUGUCGCCGUAUGUUGCAGUACAAGCUGCACCUGUCUGUUUCUGCUGCGCCGGUACAAGCUGUUCAUCCGAGUGGCCAUCGUUCGAGGAUCCAGCACUAAAGCACUCGGGGUGGCGCUGUCGCAAUCGGACGGGUUGGACUGCCGCCCCUAA